CGCUCCCGGCCGGUCCACGCGGGGCCAUGGCCACCCGCUCCCUGCGGCGCCUCGGGGCCCUGCUGCCCGCGGCCGGUAAAGCGGGCCCAGGCAGCUUGCAUUUCAGAGGGUCCCCCUGUGCCUUCAGCACUGCAGCUCAGCAGAGAAGUACAGGAGACGAGUGUGGCCCAGAGGAGCCCAGUGAGGAGCCCAAGCACCCCCUCUCUGACUGUGCCUUGGAGCACAAAGCCAUCAAAUUGGAGGAGCAAGUCCGAGAUUUAACUGAGCGGUACCGGAAAGCUUUGGCAGAUUCCGAGAACGUCCGCAGGAGAACACAGAAGUUUGUGGAAGAUGCCAAACUCUUUGGGAUCCAGAGUUUCUGCAGGGACCUGGUGGAGGUUGCAGACAUCCUGGAGAAGACAACCGAGAGCGCCGCGGUCCAGGCGGAGCCCAGCGAUCCCAACCCCACCCUGAAGAAAAUCUACGAGGGCCUCUCCCUCAUCGAGGCCAAGCUGCAGAGCGUCUUUGCCAAGCAUGGCCUGCACAAGAUGAACCCUGUUGGUGGCAGGUAUGACCCCUACGACCACGAGAUCAUCUGCCACGUGCCAGCCGAGGGCAUGCAGCCCGGCACGGUGGCGCUGGUCACGCAGGACGGAUACAAACUGCACGGCCGCACCAUCAGGCACGCGCUGGUCGGCGUGGCCGUGGAGGCACAGGAGUGAUGUGGCUUCAGCUGCUCCAGCUGGGGCCUUCCUGAGCUGGGGACACUCACAGCUGUAUGUGUUUAUUUAUUUAUUGAGCUGGGUUCGUGUGGUGUGACGGUUUCGGCGUCGCCGUUCGUUCUGAGGUACUUGUGUGUUUAAUGAUCCUAAACGGAGGCUGUGGAGGAGUAGCAGGAGUGCUGCUGGCUGUCAGAAAUUUGUGGGGCUGUAGCACCUUUCUCUGCUUAUUUCUCCAUGGGGAAGAUGUUAUUUCUCUGUAUGGGGAAGAGAGGAAAGAAAGGGAAAUUCUCUUCUUGUCUCUCUGUUCCAUCUCUGAGGGAGACUCUGCAGUGGCCUCCAGGAACUUCUCUGCCUCACUUCCCACGGCUGAAUUAAGGGACUGUAAUAACACUGACCUACCUCACAGGGAUGUGGUGAGGCUUUUCAUGUGCAAAGUACUGGGAAAAGUCCAGAGGGAUGGAAGAAUAUUAUUAUCACCUGGAUUUGAUGUCAUCCCCUGUCCCCAGACCCUCGGAUGGGGUGAAGAUGAUCACUUGAAAUGACAUUUAGGGGCAGCUUUUUCUUACAUUGCUUCAGGAAAACAAUCUGGAAUUCAUGGAAUCUCUGUCGUACUAGAGUUGAAUAGAGAUGAGACUUCAAAAAGAACUCAGUUGUUAGGUCACACUAAUGUUAAUAUUCCUUCUCCAGGUAAAAUUCCAGCUUAACUCUUGGUUCCCAGAAACAGGGAAUGGUGAUUUGUGGUGGAGCCACAAAACUGUCCUACAUCUCUUAAUCUCCAGCCUAAAUGUAUGUUUUAGAGGAGAGCAAUUUCUCUUCCCUGGUGGGUAUUUGUGCAGCUUUCAAGCAUGAUAAACUGUGUGCUCUUUAUUGCAGCUGCUGGCAAAAUGGAGCUGUGCCCUUAAGCAGGAAAUCUGGACUGUUCUGUUUUCUCAGCUCUCCAGUAGAGAUGCUCACAUUACACCAACUUCCAAUACACAUUCUGAUCCUACUUCCAAAGAUCCUGGUAAAUAUUAAACCUUUUGGGUUUUGAUGCAAGGAGAAAAAAAAUCUCUGCUCCAAAGUCUCAAGUGCCCUUGAAGCAAUUUUAGCAGCAGUGACAAGAAAGCAAGAGAAGCAGAAGGCUGAGGAAGUGAAAGCUGACCUCAAGCUGUCCUCCUGGUUGGAGGCAUGUUGUUGUCACAGCACAUAUGUAUUUCCCACUGGCCCUAUUGCCUGGGAGUUCAUUUAUCUCAGCUGAAAGGAUGCAGUCACUGAGGAGAAUUUAGAAUUUAGAAUCAGAAUUUAACCCUUUGCAGAGCAGCAAUGACAGAAGAACAGAUACAGCCACAAAACCAGGAAUGGUUGCUUUUCAGGUUGUUUCUUACUAAUUGGUUCAUUCCUUCCUUUUUACUUUCUGGAACCUGACAAAUGCACUUCCAAAAAUGCUUUACUUAGAGUGGAUGCCAUCUCUGGUUUGGAAGAAAAUUUAUUCUUCUCCCAUUCCUUUGCAGGCUUCAGCUGAAAAACCCUUUUGUGGUAGACUUCAAGAUUGUCACAGCCUUUAAUAUUACCUGUGGGGAGACUGUGUACAGUUAGUGGCUUGGCAUCCCAGAAAUUUAAGGAAUCUGCACAUUUAUAACCUGCUCCAUGUAAUUUUUUUAGUGGCAGCUGUGGUGUGAGUCUAGUAAUCCUUUUUGGAGCGUGGGUUUCUGCCUCUGCAGUAGGUUCUGUGGGAGGUACUGGAGAUUUCAGCCCUGAAAGAGCACUUCUGGCAGCUUUAGAUGAUGGGAAAAUCUCUUGUUCAGUGUCUUUUAUUAUUGUGUUUUUGGAAGUCUCAGAGAUAAACAGGACUUUUAUUCAUUUGUGCUGAGCAGGUCACCAGGGUACGCUGUUUCUCCAGAGAAGAAUGGUUAAAAUAUGAAAUGUGGCACUACAAAUCUGACUGCUCUUCCUCAAAAGUGAGGAACCCUGUCCUCAGCUGGAAGGAGCAGUGGGGUCCCUGCUGCCUCUUCAGCCCCUGCUGGAUCAGCUGAGCCUUGCAGUGUGAGGGGAGAGCUGGGAACCAACUUUGAAAGUGGAACUUUAGUUGUAAGGAACCCAACAGAAGCACAGGUAUUUUACACAACAGUCAGUGAGGCUGCAGCUGGGUGUGAGCAGGAGUGAUGGGAUCCAAAUCCUCUUUAUUAAACUCACCCAUGGAGCCACUGGACUGUGAAAAAAAUGUUAGAGCCCCUCAGUCCAACUUGGGUUUGCCAUGCCUGUCUCCUCAACCAGUACUGACCCACUUCUGCCUUAAGGAAAUUCCCUGAAAUGCACUCCAGACCUUCUGUCUGUACUGAGGUGAUUUCUUCAGCUUUGUGUCUGGGCUCUGCUCUCACUGAGCUCUGCAGUGUGGCUGCAGCAGCAACCUGAGGGAUGCAGUUCCUGUGUAGUCCUCCCCACCCUCACAGAGGCCCUGUUUAAUUUGGGCCAAGUUCUUUUCCCAGUCAAACCUACAAAAUUUCUACAGGAUCCUGUCAGAUUUAAUGAUUCCUGUGAAAUGGAACCAGUGCUGGGAGACUCUUUCACAGAUGUUACCAAAGAGAUAAAUCCUGUAGCUGUUGUUUGUCCCAGUUUCUGCUUCCUCUGAAAGGUGAAGUGAAAAUGAAAUAACCAAACCUGGAUUCCAUCACAGAAUCCAGAUUUCCCAGGUACAUUUUGAUUCUCUUGCCUUUCAAGCACACUUUAUGAUGGUUUUUUUUUUGUCCUGGAUGAGAUUGUAGAAGGAUGAGUUGAAUUUCUCCUUGGUUCUUGCUGCCUUUUUUGCCCUGUUUCUGUAAACCUGCAGGGAGGGGACUGACCCCUCUGCAGUCACUCUCUGCAGUGAGUGUUUAAUAAAACAGAAAUCCAUGAACAGGGCAGAGGAGAGGAAGUGUCUUGUACUUUUUAGCCAUUUCCACACCUGGACAAGUCUCCAGUGGCACUGUCAUGAGCGUGGCAAGAUCUGAACUCUCACCAGGAGCAGUGCAGAAUGAAAUGGAUGUUGCUUUGUGAACCUUCACUCCCCACUGCUUCAGCAGCAGAGCUUCUGUUGGAAGAGCUGUGAUCACUCAACAGCUCUUAGUAGUCCCUUAAUUAAAAAAUAAAAAAUAUUUAAGUUUUAUAUUGUGAAUACUGUAGUAUUUUUUUAUUUUAAAACUCGAGGUGUUUUGAUAUUGCAAAGUCAAAUGAACAAAGUGUUGCUAAUCUCCAUAAAUCUGAGGCCAUUUAGGUGGGGGGGAAAUGUGUAAAUAUUGUAAUUUUUGUGUGUUUCUGUGCUCUCUGUUUACCCAAAGGCUCUGGCUGUAUGAAAGACAGAGAUGUGUGGGAGCAGUGCAAGGAAUUGACGACAACAUUUGAAUUGAUGUUGGAAAUUUCCUUUAGAUGUCCAGAUACUGUCCAUUUGCUAAUAAAACUGAAGAAUUGCAGUGA